AUGAGGAAUUCGAAAGAAUUAAUCAACUUACUUAAUAGAAGGAUAUAUAUAAGGAUACAAGAACUAAAUAUCCAAUUAUACAGCACAAAAACUCAAUCAACAGAUCUUAUUCCAAUAAAAUAUGAAGCAUUUUCUCAAGUUCUUACGACACUUUAUUCUUUCCCAAAUAUGAAGCCUGUACGAUUUCAAAAAUUUCCAUCAAAUUUUCUGAAUCUUCCUCUUAGAAGAGACAUUCUUCAUCGUGCAGUGGUUUAUGAAGCGAAUAAACGAAGACAAGGAACAGCAUGCAAGAAAAAUAGAUCAGAUGUUCGUGGUUCAAAUCGAAAAAUUCGACCACAAAAAGGGACUGGUAGAGCACGUCUUGGAGAUAUUCGCUCUCCUUCUAUAAGAGGGGGGGGUCUUGCACAUGCACCUAAACCUCGUGAUUUUUCUACUAAACUUCCGCGUAAAAUUUAUUAUUUGGCUAUAAGAACUGCGCUGUCUGCUAGAUAUAAUAAAGGAGAGAUCAUUGUUAUUAAUCAUACUUUUGAAUUACCAACACAUAAAGCAAAAGCCAUGGUAAGCAUAAUGAAGACAUAUCGUUGGAAUAAUAAUAAUGGCGGCACUGUUUUUAUUAUGUACGCCGAUCGAAAAAACUUUAAAUACUCAACUGGAAGCUUAGGAGCUCAUUGUAUUGUUCGGAAUGUAAAGGAACUUUCUGUUAAAGAUAUUUUAAUGAAAAAAAGAAUUAUUAUUGAACGCAAAGCACUUGAAUGGCUUGAAGAAAAAACAAGAAUAGAAUAA